CCUCCAGACAAUCCCCGUUCGGCCAGCGACUUCGGUUCCCUUAGCCUGCCGCAGCAGCUUCCGGUUCCGGUAAGGGCAGGUUGUGCUCCAGACCUGGGCGCCCAGGAUGGCUGGGAGCCGGCUAGAAACGGUGGGCAGCGUCUUCUCACGGACGCGGGACUUGAUGCGGGCCGGGGUGUUGAAGAAGAAGCCUCUGUGGUUCGACGUGUACGACGCCUUCCCCCCUCUGAGGGAGCCGGUCUUCCGGAGGCCUCGCCUGCGGUACGGCAAGGCCAGGGCGCCCGUCCAGGACAUCCUGUACCACGAGGACCGCGUGCGAGCGAAGUUUUAUUCAGCCUAUGGAUCUGGGCCAAAAGCUUUUGAUCUGUUAAAUCCAAACUUCAAGUCUACCUGUCAGCGGUUUGUGGAGAAAUACAAUGAGCUGCGGGAACUUGGAGAAACAGAUGAAGAAAAGUUAUUUGUGGAAACAGGGAAGGCUUUGUUGGCAGAAGGUGUCAUUUUACGACGAGUAGGAGAAGCAAGAACUCACGAGGGUGGUCGCGGUUCCAGGAAAUCCGAACCAGGGAGUGCCGGACCCCAGGCCUUGGGGGAGGAAGACCAGACACUGAAGGAGGAGCCACAGACCCCGCGGGAGGCCGCAUCCAAGGGGCGGGAGGGUGGCCUCCCACCUGCCUGAGGACUGUGUGGCGAAGGGACCUGAGCUGGAAGCACAGCUGGAAACACAGCGGAAACACAGCAGAAACACAACGUCUCUGGCUUGCCGAGCCAUCGAGGCAUCGUGUUUGCCAUCUCUUAGUUGCAGUGUCUGGGCCAUCCCAGAGCUCAGCAUCCUGGUUUGAAAUAGCUUUAAUUUUAGGACAUUGCAAAUAAAAGACUCCUUUUACAUAUAAAGCAGAAUGACUUUGAAAUUGUAAAUGACGUGAGAGCCUCUGUAAAGAUUGUUGGAGCAGGGCUUACUCGGAGCUGGCUUGCUUGGAUGUUUGAGCUUGCAAGUGGGCUGGUUACACUGGAAUCUCUGCUGUGUGACUGCGCCGUCUGAGUUUGACCUCCACACCUGGUGUAGUCCCUCUGCCAGCUCUUCUCUCUGUAGAUUAGCUUUAUACUUUUUGCAGCAGAACUGAUGCCUUUGAAUUUGAGGCCAAGCUGACUUGGCUUGCAGUAA